CUUCGAGUGUUUGUGUUUCCACGAAUAUCGUUGUCAGAGGUCGCCACCAGCGCAGUGCAAAAACCUACACAAGAUAUAUCUUUGGCCGCUUGAACUCGGAUGGCGGAAGCAGCAGCAGGACCAGGGAUCCCAGUCAUUGCGAGACCGAGCAGCAAGCUACCCGGGCCGCUCGACAUCACACACUUUGACUUCGGAGUGACCCUUGGCACGGGCUCAUUCGGCCGCGUGCGGUUCGCCACGCACAAGGCGUCGGGGUCGUUCUGGGCGAUUAAGAUUUUAAAAAAGGCCGAGAUCAUUCGACUGCAGCAGGUGGAGCACAUGAUCUCGGAGAAGACGAUCUUAAUGUGUUUGGAUCAUCCGUUCAUUGUGAACCUCGCCGGCACGUUCCAAGACACGCGGUGCCUGUACAUGGUGCUCGAAUACGUGAUCGGCGGCGAAUUCUUCACGCAUUUGCGCAAAGCAGGGCGUUUCGACUUCAACACGACCAAGUUCUACUCGUCGCAAGUCGUGUCUAUCUUCGAGUACCUCCACAGCCAGGACUUCAUCUACCGCGACCUCAAGCCGGAGAACCUCUUGCUCGAUCACGAAGGGUUCAUCAAGAUCACGGACUUUGGGUUCGCCAAGCGCGUGGCGUUCAAGACGUACACGCUGUGCGGCACGCCCGAGUACAUUGCACCCGAAGUGCUUUUGAACAAGGGCCACGGCAAGGGCGUGGACUGGUGGACACUCGGCAUCCUCAUCUUUGAGAUGCUCGCGGGGCAGCCGCCGUUCUGCGACGACGACCCCAUGGGCAUCUACCAGCAGAUUCUGUCGGGCAAGAUCAACUUCCCGCGGUACUUUGACCGCAACGCCAAGGCGCUGAUCAAGCGACUGCUCACGGCGGACCUGACUAAGCGCUACGGAUGCCUCAAAAACGGCGUGGACGACAUCAAGAAGCACAAGUUCUUCUCCGGGUGCGACUGGGAAGCGAUCUUGGCGCGAAAGGGCACGGCGCCCAUCAUCCCCAAGGUCGUCACCCCCAACGACACGUCCAACUUUGACCCGUACCCGGACUCGAACGAAGAAGCGCCCGUGCCAGUGUACAACGGCAAGGACCCGUUUUGCGAGUUUUAACCACAAGUCACACAUGUCCACGGACAUACCCCCCCUUUCGUCGAUUAAUACAUGUAUAUAGCUCUAUAUUGCCGCGUAUGUUGGUUGAUGAUGCUGUUGGGCAUGUAUGCGCUUUCAAGCGACGGAAGUACGGGAGGAGAUGACAAGCAAUGAUGAUGAGAGUAGUGUGUGUCGCGAGUACAUUGGUGUGCCCCUUGUCAAGCGAGUACAGUACAUCAUUUCGGCACUCACGGCAGCGAAUUCUCUUGACGUCCGGGACCGAUAUGGCAUG